AAUCACGUUGCACUUUGUUAAUUUCAACAAUCUGUUGUAAAUAAUAUUAUUCGUUUGUAAAUUAAAUAGUUUUGGUCAAAAAUGCAAAUAUUUGUCAAGACCCUCACGGGUAAAACCAUUACACUCGAGGUCGAAGCCUCUGAUACAAUAGAAAAUGUUAAAGCCAAAAUUCAAGAUAAGGAAGGAAUCCCGCCCGAUCAACAACGUCUCAUAUUUGCUGGUAAACAGUUAGAAGAUGGAAGAACAUUGUCCGAUUACAACAUUCAAAAGGAAUCGACUCUUCAUCUCGUUCUACGUUUAAGAGGUGGAAUCGUCGAACCCACUUUGAGAAUAUUAGCUCAAAAAUACAACUGUGAGAAAAUGAUUUGCAGAAAAUGUUAUGCAAGACUUCAUCCUAGAGCUACUAACUGUCGUAAGAAAAAAUGUGGUCACACCAACAACAUCAGACCGAAAAAGAAGUUGAAGUAGAUUCUUUCUAUCGUUUUUUUUCCAAAAAAAAAAUAUUUUCUUUUUUGAUGACAUCAUUUUAUAAUAAUCAGAUGUUCUAAAUUUUGGGAUUUAAUUUGCUAAUAAAAUUUAUUAAUGCAAAUUGAU